GGCGGGGGUGUGCAGUGGGUAGGUCGGCCGCUCUGCACCUAUCUCUGCCCAGAGUCCCGAGGCGCUGGCCACGGUGCUGAAAGCAGUGCUCUCGGAGGAGGGAGGGAGGAGGAGCCGGGCCGCGCGAAGGGGGCGGAGCUCUCUGGUGCUCUCAGCUGGCAUUGGGGGCGGGGCAGGGCGGCGCCAGCAGGCCCGAGACCACGGCGGGUUUGAGAGGAGGUAGGAGACAGGAGACAGCCCGGCUAGAGCAAGAGGGGACACAGGCACCUGGACAAGCUUCCCCUGAAGAGGCCAAGGUCAUCUUCCCUGUCCUAUUAGUCCUCUUUUUCUACCUUGGAGGGAGCCUUACCUCGUGCCCUGACCUCCGCCUUCUCUCCAAACCUGGCUGAGGGGUGACCCACUUCCGGGCCUCCAUCCAUCCGCAAAGCCACUUCCAGCCCACAAGUCCCCAGCCCAGGACGCAGUGCCCUCACCAUGGUGAAGUUGCUGCCUGCCCAGGAGGCAGCCAGGAUCUACCAUACCAACUAUGUGCGGAACUCGAGGGCCGUAGGUGUGAUGUGGGGCACGCUCACCAUCUGCUUCUCCGUGCUGGUCAUGGCGCUCUUCAUCCAGCCCUACUGGAUAGGUGACAGCGUCAGCACACCCCAGGCAGGCUACUUUGGCCUUUUCUCCUACUGCGUGGGCAACGUGCUGUCGUCUGAGCUUAUCUGCAAGGGUGGCCCGCUGGACUUCUCCUCCAUCCCCUCUAGAGCCUUCAAGACUGCCAUGUUCUUUGUGGCCUUGGCCAUGUUCCUCAUCAUUGGCUCCAUCGUCUGCUUCAGCCUGUUCUUCGUCUGCAACACGGCCACUGUCUACAAGAUCUGCGCAUGGAUGCAGCUGGCUGCGGCCACAGGCCUGAUGAUUGGCUGCCUGGUCUACCCAGAUGGUUGGGACUCAAGUGAGGUACGGCGCAUGUGUGGGGAGCAGACCGGCAAAUACACACUGGGCCACUGCACCAUCCGCUGGGCCUUCAUGCUGGCCAUCCUCAGCAUUGGAGACGCCCUCAUCCUCUCCUUCCUGGCCUUUGUGCUGGGCUACCGCCAGGACAAGCUGCUCCCUGAUGACUAUAAGGCCGAUGGACAAGAGGAAGCCUGAAGCAACAGGAGUGUUGGUCAUCUGUUUCCCUGACAGUGGAAAAUGAGGGAAUCAAAUUCUUCAGAAACAGAAACUUGUUCCUUCCAUGCUUCCCUGUAUCUGCUGCUCUAGGCCUGAAAUCCUGAAGCCUUUCAUUAUAGGAUGCCAAUCUCCUGAGACAAGACCUCUUACUGUAUCGGGAAAACUCCAGCGAGGAAGAACUGCAGUGACCACAUCCAAGAUGUUCAGAGACAUGUGUUUAACUCUCCUGACUGGGUACCCACUUUCUCUUCCUAUCCUUUCACACCAGCAAAUUGCUUUACCCUCUUGAGGCCUCUCCGUAAAAUGACAGCAGGAUGAGUCUAUGUCUAGGGGCCUCCCAGGUGAGUCCCUAACAGUCUAAUUCACUGAGGAUACUUGUUUGAAAGCACCCAGAAACUGACACCCAGCUCUAAGAGGGCGAUGAAGAAGAGGUGGCUGUAAGCAUGCUGGAUCAUUUCAGGUUGAGGUUUAGGGGGUCCUUUGCUUUUUUCUUUUCAGGUUUGUUUUCUUAUUGAUGCUCAGAGAUGGGUAAGGAAUGGAGAGGUCACCGGAACCUGAAUCCAUCAGGAUUGGGUGACUUUAGGAUCUAAAAACUUUUGAGACUAAAUUCUUUUUUCCCUUUGGAACCAAAAAUCACACGUUUUCAGUGUCCACACCGACCCAGUCAGAAUGGGUUACCAGUUUUGGAAAGUUGUUACUUGUGGCCAAGUAAUUUGUUAGAGUAAUAGAUGAACUCUCCUGUAAAAAAUAACAACUUUGGACUUGGUACAUUAAAUGGUGAAUCUUUUACCAGUCUCUAGAGGGGAACUCAAUUUAGGUAAUACUUCACUGUAGCAAAUGCCAAGACAAAGAUUAGAUUCUUUAGGCUGUUCCCUGCCCUGAGGAUGAUGGUAUGUAUUGCAAUAGAAACAGGGUUUUGUUGAUUAUCUGCAGUGAAUGAUCCAGGAAGAACAGUGCUUUUUUCUGGUCUUUUGCCUGUUUCCUCAGUAAAGAGAAAACGUGGGUGCUGUUUUCUCACAGGUAGAGUGGGUAAAUGUCGAACAAAACCGUAAUGGAUGUUGCUUGAUCAACCAGCAGUGACACGGAAAACAGGCUUCUUAUU